AUGUUUCUGAUUCAGAUUCGAAGUUCGUCCUUUUAUUUACACUGUUGCAAGCAGGAAGUUGGCUUUCUGGAAAUGAAUGAGUCAGUUAAAACUAUUUCCCAGUACUUCAGAGUUGAAGCUGCGCUGUGGCAGGUCUGCAGUAAGUCCGCAGGCGUAGCAAUUGUAAUUACGUUGCGAAUUGUUUUCAUCACAUCGCUUCAUAAAAUGGAUGGGGAUGAUCCCUGCACAUCCAGCCAGACUGAAACGGAACAGGACGAAACGGAGGGAGAGAAUUCGCCUCGAACUAAAAUUAAAAGGAGCUCAGAAACCUCCAUGCCCUCUGGCCGCCAGUUGGUUAUGUUCCACAGAGGGAAGGCGGAGGCAACUCUCGCAAUUAAUGUUGCCGCGGCCCGAGCUUUGCAGAAUAUGAUGAGAACCAACCUGGGACCCAAGGGCACCGUGAAAAUGCUAGUGUCGGAGGCGGGCGACAUCAGAAUAACCAAGAGCGGAGGGCUUCUGCUGCGGAGCCUGAGACAGCAGCACCCCGCCGCCUCCUUCAUCGCCCAGACAGUACUAUCCAUGAAUGACAGGACGGGAGACGGCGCCACGUCCGCCGUGCUGUUGGUUGGGGAGAUGCUGAAGGAGGCCGAACGCUAUGUCUCGCAGGGAGUCCACCCCAGGAUCAUCGUGGAGGGGCUGAAAGCGGCCAAGAAGGAAGCCAUCUAUUGCCUUGAUGAGCUGUGGGAGGACGUGGACAAAUCCAUUAUGCAGAAGGUGGCUCGGACCUCGAUCGGCACCAAGGUCUGCGCGGAGCUGGCGGAGAUUCUGGCCGAGCCAGUGGCGACCGCGGUGAACUCAGUCUCUCAAUCGAGGGAGCCCGUCGACCUGAAGCGGGUGCACCUGGUGGCGAUGGGGCAUGAGUUGGAGCAGGAUGUCAGGCUGGUUAACGGGGUUGUCCUGGAACAAAGGGGCCGUCAUCCCGACAAGAAGUGGCGAAAGGAGGAUGCAUUUGUCCUCGCCUUCAAUGUGGCCUUGAAGCAAGAGAAUCGCAAGCACAGCUCCCGCUACUUCUACAUCGACGCGGGCAGGAAGCAGAGGUCGGCAGAGGCGGAGCGGAGGGUAAUCCGGGAGAAUGUGAGGAAGAUUAUAGCGCUGAAAUGGGAUGUGUGCGGCAACUCCGAGAAAAGCUUCAUUGUGGUCAACCAGAAGGGGAUAGAUCCAGUGGCGCUUGGGGAAUUUGCUAGCGAGGGGAUAGUGGCGCUGUGGAGUGUCAAAAAGAGCGACGUAGAGAUGCUGCCCCUCGGUUGCGGCGGCCGGGUGGUGAGCUCUUUGCAGGAUCUGAGCGCAGAGUGCCUGGGGCACGCCGGGCUGGUGUACCAGGAGACCCAGGGAGGGAGCACCUACACCUUCUUCGAGCAGUGUGACGACCCCCGGUGUGUCUCCCUCCUCAUCAGGGACUCCAAUGAGCAUACUCUCGCCCAGGUCAAGGAGGCCGUCUUGCAUGGCAUGAGGGCGGUUAAGAACAGCGUCGAUGACGGUAGCGCCAUGCCCGGGGCCGGGGCGGUGGAGAUACGCAUCAGAAACCAGCUGGUCCACCACAGGGGUACCGAGAUGAAGGGCGCGGCCCUGCUGGGGUUCCAGGCUUUCGCCGAAGCCAUCCUGACUAUCCCAAAGACGCUGGUUGAGAACGCGGGCCUUGACCCCUACGAGGUCGUGUCCAAAGCUCUGGAUGCGGAGGAGCAAACCACCAUCCCCGUGGGGAUUGACCUGUCCUCGGGUGAAUUAUUCCAAGAUUGGCAGACUCCCGUCUGGGACAAUUGCCUCGUCAAACAUCAGCUGAUACACACCAGCACUGCCAUCGUCUGCAAUCUUCUUUUAGUGGAUGGGAUUGUGGGGACAGAUAAAACACUGACGCCAGUGGAUUUGACCAGAUAGUCAAAGUCGUCUUCAUUGCAGUAUAUUGUCUCACAAUUCAGAAGGGGGGCCAUUAUACCCAUUGCGCUUGUGCCGGCUCAGAUUGUUCCUAUUAUCUCCCCAUGUUUCUCCUCCAGCACACUGACACAAGCAGAGAAGUCAAGCAUCUUGCCAGCAUUCUUUUGGGAUAUGGGGGGGGGGGGGGGCGGCAACAAAACCUCUGGAGAAUCCACACAGUGUACAAACUCCUUACGGACAGCACCAAAGUUAGGAUCGAACCCUGGUUUCUGGAGCUGUACCACCCCGAGUGAUUGAUUCUACUUUUGCAACGGAGGUGGAUCAGAUUUUAUUAAAAGGACUUAAAAUUAUUCAGGUGCAAGGAAGAGUAAACAUCAUACACUGUUUUGGAAUGUAUGGAUGAGAUUGAAAUAACUAAAACUGAAUAAAUGCUAUCAAUAUGCA